AUGGAGCCCCCACAUUCCUAUCCUCACUGCUGCACAAACUAUUCAUCUCCAUAUCAACCACGCAACCCCUAUUCCUGCAUACCUCAAUUUCCAGUUCAGUCCUCUUUCCUGCCUCAACAAGUCAUCCCUUCCUCUUUCCUACCUCAAGUCAUCCCUUUUCAACCUCAACCCUGCAGUACUUUCCCACUUCCACCACCUGGCUUAUACCUACCACAUACACAAACACCACCCUCAAAUAUUAUCUCUCCUCCACCAACACCUUACCCUCCAUUCUCUCCUCCUUCUUCAGCUGUUGAAGACAGUGAAGAAAAUGAUGAUUAUGCUGCUGAUUCUGAUAAUGUUUGUGAAGAUGAAAAUGAGGCUGAUAGUUCUACCAAAGCUGAUUCAAAUAUUGACAAUGAAAAUGAGCCUGGUUCUGGUGAUGCCAUUGAGGAUGAAAAUGACGCUGAUUCAAACAAUGAUACUGACGAUGAAAAUGAGCCUGGUUCUGGUGAUGCCAUUGAGGAUGAAAAUGACGCUGAUUCAAACAAUGAUAUUGACGAUGAAAAUGAGCCUGGUUCUGGUGAUGUUACUGAGGAUGAAGAUGACGCUGAUUCUAACAUUGCUGCUGAGGAUGAAAAUGGGACUUUUAUUGCUUCUGAUGAUGAAAAUAACAAUGACAAUGAUGAUUCACAUGAUGACUCUGAUGAUGCUGGUCAUAAUAUUUUAGCUGGAGAAGUAAUUGUCAUAACUGAUGAUGAAGAUGAAGAAGUG